AUGUAUAGAAACUGCGACAUCAUUAGCAUCGUAGGCGGAGGUGGACAUGACCAUGGUGAGAGUUUCAAUAAAAGACCGGAGAUAUUUGAAGCGAACGUGAGUAAUGGAUGCAGGACGGUGGAUUCGAGAGACGUCAUGAUUCCGAAUCCGGGGCCGGAUGUAGAAGUCAACAAUUCCGAUGCUGUGCUGCCGAUUGGUGAGCGCGAAUCCGGGCCGGGAUCGGGGAACGGGGGCAGUGGAGGCGGCGGUGGUAGUGGUAGGGGAGGAAUCUACAAGCCCGGAAAUGACUGGCCUGCAGACUUCAACCCGAAUUGCGGCAGAGUUGUGGCCGAUGAAUAG